AUGAGGUUCAACAUCGAUGAUUUGCCGGUGUUAUUUCCCUAUCCAAGGAUAUAUCCAGGGACGCUCGAUGCAGGAGGACACUGUGUAUUGGAGAUGCCCUCGGGCACAGGUAAAACUGUGUCUCUCCUCUCACUAAUCGUGGCCUAUCAGCAAUAUUACCCUGAGCAUCGGAAGUUGAUAUACUGCUCACGGACUAUGUCAGAGAUUGAGAAAGCUUUAGCGGAGUUGAAAGCAUUAAUGAAGUAUCGAGAAGAGCAACUGGGGCAUAAAGAAGAUUUCCGUGGGCUCGGCUUGACGAGUCGUAAGAAUCUCUGCCUCCAUCCUUCCGUCAAACGAGAAAAAAGCGGCGCAAUAGUGGAUGCCAGAUGUCGAAGUCUCACAGCCGGAUUUGUGAAGGAGAAAAAAGAUAAGGGGGAGGAUGUCCCGGUGUGCAUUUACCACGAUAACCUUGACCUUUUGGAGCCGCACAAUUUGAUACCCAAUGGAGUCUGGACUUUAGAUGGGCUGAUGAGGUAUGGUGAACAGCAUAAGCAGUGCCCGUACUUCACAUCAAGGCGAAUGAUGUCUUUCUGCAACGUGAUCAUCUAUUCCUAUCAUUAUCUUCUCGACCCUAAAAUUGCAGAGAGGGUGUCAAAAGAGCUCUCCAAAGAUUGCAUAGUCGUGUUCGACGAGGCACACAACAUCGACAAUGUCUGCAUCGAGUCGUUGAGCACGGAUAUUACUGAGGACUCCCUGCGAAAGGCAACUCGAGGCGCCCAUAAUCUUGAGAAUAAGAUCGCAGAAAUGAAGGAUAGUGAUGCGGGUAAGUUGAAAGAUGAAUAUGCGAAACUUGUAGAGGGCCUGAGGGAUGCGGAUGAAGCACGUGAGGAGGACGCAUUCAUGUCAAACCCAGCAUUACCUGAUGAUCUUCUAAAAGAAGCUGUCCCGGGAAAUAUCCGACGAGCAGAACAUUUCGUAGCCUUCCUGAAACGCUUCGUGGAAUAUCUCAAGACACGAAUGAAAGUCCGCCAGGUCAUUUCGGAAACACCUCCCUCUUUCCUGGCCCAUCUGAAAGAGUACACAUUUAUCGAGAAGAAACCUUUACGAUUUUGCGCUGAACGACUCACCUCACUUGUCCGAACUCUCGAGUUGACCAACAUCGAGGACUACCAACCCCUUCAAGAGGUAGCUACAUUUGCAACCUUAGUAGCCACUUAUGAGAAGGGCUUUCUGCUCAUCUUGGAGCCAUAUGAAUCCGACACCGCCGAAGUGCCAAAUCCCGUCCUCCAUUUCACAUGCCUAGAUGCUGCAAUAGCCAUAAAACCUGUGUUUGACAGAUUUAGCUCUGUCAUUAUUACAUCCGGUACCAUUUCGCCUCUCGAAAUGUACCCGAAGAUGCUCGGUUUCACAACGGUGGUGCAGGAAUCAUACAGCAUGACCCUCGCACGCCGCUCUUUCUUGCCAAUGAUUGUUACACGCGGGUCGGAUCAAGUCGCAAUCUCGUCUGGAUUUCAAGUUCGAAAUGAGCCGUCUGUGGUGCGAAAUUAUGGUCAUCUACUCACGGAAUUCUCCAAACUGACGCCUGAUGGCAUGGUCGUUUUCUUUCCAUCAUACCUCUACAUGGAAUCCAUUAUUAGUAUGUGGCAAGGAAUGGGAAUUCUUGAUGAAGUCUGGAAGUACAAGCUCAUUCUCGUCGAAACGCCUGAUGCGCAAGAGACAUCCCUUGCACUGGAGACAUAUCGCACGGCCUGCUGCAAUGGGCGUGGGGCCAUACUUCUAUGUGUGGCAAGAGGAAAAGUCAGUGAAGGAAUCGAUUUCGACCAUCAGUAUGGACGUACCGUGUUGUGUAUUGGGGUACCAUUCCAAUACACGGAAUCCAGAAUCCUCAAAGCGCGACUCGAAUUCUUGCGCGAGACAUAUCGCAUUAGAGAAAAUGAUUUCUUGUCAUUCGACGCGAUGAGACACGCCGCUCAAUGUCUGGGUCGCGUUCUGCGAGGCAAGGAUGACUAUGGUAUUAUGGUCCUGGCCGACAGGAGAUUUCUGAAGAAGAGGACGCAGCUGCCGAAAUGGAUCAAUCAAGCAUUGCUCGAUGGGGAAGUCAAUUUGAGUACUGAUAUGGCUGUUGGAGCGGCGAAAAAGUUCCUAAGAAGUAUGGCGCAGCCUUUCAAGCCCAGCCAUCAAGAGGGUAUCAGUACGUGGAGUCUUAAGGACCUGGAGAACUUUAAGGAAAAGCAGGAAGAGGAGAGUAUCCGGACUUUAAGAGAGGCACAAAAAGAUGACGGCGCCGAACCAAUGGAUGGAAUUAGAAAUGGUAACGAGGAAAUGACCGCGAAGGAAGAUGAGUUUAGCUUUGAUGAUGAUGAAUUGGAGGCUUCGAUGAUGGAGCUGGACGGCCACUGA